AUGAGCUAUCCACCGGGUUCCCUUCGCUCAUGUCACGAAGCUGAUGGCCGCAGCGAUCGAUCUGGUGGUUCUGGUGGAACUGGAAGCGGAAGUGGCUGUGGAAAUAUCUACGGGAGUCUCUACGGCGCCUUCAGUGACUGUAAAUGGCAUCACCAAGCCCAACAACAGCAACAACAACAACAACAGCCGCAUCACCAGACUCAAAAGUCACAACAGCAGCUGGGUCAGGCCCAGUCCACGUGGCAAAAGUGGGCCGCCAGUUUCGACGCUUUAUUAAGCGAUGGGGAAGGAGUGGCCCUAUUCAAAUCCUACCUCGAAUCGGAGGGUUGUGGAAACCUCCUUGAUUUCUGGUUUGCGAUUCAGGGCUUCCGCAGCAAAGUUGACCCUUCUGACCGUAAAAAGAUCCUACAACUCAUCAAGGUCAUUUACCAAACUUACAUCCGCGGUUCCGCUUCUUCUACUUCCGUAUCUGCUUCAUCCUCGGCGAGCGGAGUUCCGCCUCCUUCUGCCACCGUGACUCGUAGCCGACGCAAUCAUACCCCCGUCCGUUUGCGACCUGAAACUCGCCGUACAAUCGCGGAUCGUUUAGCGCACAAGAGUUCUCUGGAUCAAACUGUCUUUGAUGAAGCUCAGGCUGAAGUUGGUCAUCUUCUUCGCACCUCUGCGUAUCAAGCCUUCCUCAAAUCCGAAGCUUUCAUCGCACACAUUCAACAGGAUGGUCUGGGUCCAAAGCCUGCUCUGCUGUGCUCGGAGGAUGAAUUCACUCGUCAUACCGCUUAUCUACCCACUGUGGAGGAGGAUCGAGAGUUGGGACAGGCACAGCUGCCCCUGAGAGGUAGUUCUACACCGGCCACCUACCAUUAUUUUUGUGGGCCCCCAAUGCUACAACAACAAUGUGCAUGUCAGAGCGGAAAUCCCUGGGGAGUGACCUACUAUCCUCCACCCACUCCACAAACCUGUUAUCCUCCAGCACCACUAACACAGGAGAAUAUCCAAAUGACGCGUUUUCAGAGAGCUGAACUGCCUGUGCCUCAACACCUCGCCUGCUGCCCUCACUGCCAGACGCCAUUUCCUCAACAGCAGCAAAUUCCGGGACCUAGCAAUCCCCUAUCACCAGCACAGCAUAAGUCCAUGGGGAGGAUGAGUGGAGCUGGACAGAGGAAGUGGAUGGAUGCGGUUUGGUGA